GGUGGCGAUGAUGCGCGCAUGAUACUUGCUGUACUCACACACUGACAGAAGAGGAAGAAGACGAACCGAGGCGGAAAUAAACAUCAUUCAAAAUGAUUGGAGAUCUAUUAAUAUUUGGCACUCUGCUCAUGAACGGCGGCGCUGUGCUCAACUUUAAACUAAAGAAGAGAGAGACGCAGUCUCAAGGGUUUGGAGAUGAGCAUCGAGCGUCCAGCACAGGUGACAACAUAAGAGAGUUUCUUCAGAGUCUACAGUACUUCCGCAUAUUUAUUGCCCUAUGGAACAUUUUCAUCAUGUUUUGCAUGAUUUUGUUAUUUGGAUCUUAACACAUGGUUGUUCAACUGAGCAUCACUACAGGCACUGAGGACACAGUUAUUGCAGCAGGGUGUUGGGCUGAUUUCUUGUAAAAAAAUACAGAGCUGGAUGUUUUGAGGGAUUGUUAUACAUGUAAUAUUGCUUGUUCUUUCUGUGAAUGACAUUUGAACACAAGAACCAUUUUGUAAAGUAGUCUUGAAAGCUGCUCACCAAGAUCUGUCAGAGAAAUUGAAAUGGCUUCCAUUUUAUACUCGAUCCAGACCCAGUAAGACAAGCUGAAACAGAUGUUCAAUCCCUUAUUGUAAAGCUUCUGUAUCGGAGUUAAACUUGUCAAUUUAUGAAAAAUCCAGGUAUAUUUAUGAACUCUCUU